ACAUCCGGGCUUCUUUGAGGCGUUUGUGUUGCUCCUUUCCCACCCGUUCCCCUCCACUUCACGUUUUGCGUCACUGUAGCGCGGGAAGGGGACUCUGGAUCGGCGAGGCCGCUGCAGGAGGGGGUGGGUGGGAGGAGCCGUCAGCGGCCGGCCGGAAGGAAGAGUCUGGCACUUCUUGAAAAGCACAGCAAACUGCGAUUGACAGUCGGUUCCGUGUUUGGUUUCAGUGUGUCUGUCCUUUAUUUCUUCAAAUAACUCAAUCAAGCAGUUUCAGGAUCAUGUAAAGUGGGAUGCUGCCCAACAUACAAGAUCGAAUAGGCUGUUCAUUAUCUAUGUGGUAAUUCCAGGAAGAGAGGAAUUUAGGUAGAGUUCAGUGACAGAGUGUAGGUCAAUCUCUUCCUUUCCGUGUGAGGCCAGCUCUUUCCAGAUUAUGUAUCAUGGGACUACAAAUUCACUUUGUCGUUGACCCUCAGGGUUGGCUUUGCAUGGGCCUCAUUGUCUUUGUCUGGCUUUUCAACACACUCCUCAUUCCAAAAAUUAUCCUCUUUCCACACUAUGAAGAGGGUCAUAUAUCAGCAGUUGCAAUACUAUGUUAUUACAUAUUCGCAGUAUUCUGUGUUGUCUCGUUACUGAGAGCCUCAGUAGCUGAUCCAGGGAGACUACCUGAAAGCCCAAAGAUACCAGUUACAGAAAGAGACUUCUGGGAAUUAUGUAAUAAAUGUAAUAUGAUGAGACCAAAGCGUUCCCAUCACUGUAGCCGAUGUGGACACUGUGUUAGAAGAAUGGAUCAUCAUUGCCCAUGGAUUAAUAACUGUGUUGGCGAAGACAAUCACUGGCUGUUCUUGCAGUUAUGCUUCUACACCCAACUCCUCAGUUUCUAUACACUGCUGCUUGAUUUCUGCCACUGCUACUACUUAGAACCACUUACAAAAGUUAAUUGGGAUAUCUUUGUGUUUAGACAUGAACUUGCUCUGAUACGAAUAUCUACCUUCAUGGGCUUAAUAAUGCUAAUUGGUAUUAGUGGACUCUUUUAUACUCAGUUAAUUGGAAUAUUCAAUGAUACUACAAGUAUAGAAAAACUGGCAAACUGUUGUGAAGAAAUAUCGAGACCCCGAAAGCCAUGGCAGCAGACCUUCUCAGAAGUUUUUGGCACUCGCUGGAAGAUCCUGUGGUUUAUUCCUUUCAGGCAAAGGCGACCACUGCGAGUUCCCUACCACUUUGCCAAUCACGUCUAAACAGAUGGAUGGUGGGCACAGAUGGGUCCUCCAUGCUGGAAGUGCGUUGCAGGUUUUGUGAUAAUAGAACUAUGACAGUCCUCAAGUCAAUUAAAAUCUACCCACCAAUCUUAGAUGUCACAAUGUGCCCCAGGCUUUAUUUUAAUAAUAAUGAUCUUGAUUCCAUUGUGGGAUUAAUGCAUACUUCUGUGUUUACUUUUAAAGUGUACUUACUUUCAAAUUAGCGUUCCAGAGGAAUUACUUUAGUAUUUGAGGUUAAUAACAAAACACAAUGCUUAAUGUAUAAAUGUUACAAAAUUUUGUUUUGAUACUGGAUAAUAUGAUUAUAUGUUUUGGUAGAUACACUGGCAUUUGAAUAGGCUUUCAAGUUAUCUUGUCUGCCUUGAAUUUUUAUUCUUCCCUCACCCCCCAAUAUAAUGUAUUGCGUAAAAACCUUUCCUGCUAAUUGGGUUCAAAAUCUGCAAUGCCUUUUAUUUACGAUGCAUGAUAUUAAUUGAGCAAGCUCAUCUCUAGAAAAAAGUGGCAUUUUAACAGUUUUUUUUAAAGCAAAGACAAUUUUGUGUAUGUCCUCAGUUUUAUAAAAAAUAUAUAUAUUAAAAAAAUAAAACCAACAACCCACUGUUGGAGGAUAUCUUCCAAAAGGAAGAAAAGUCUUGCUAUAAACAGUUGGUUCCUUCUUCUUUGUAAAUGCAAUAACUGAACUAUGUGGUAGGUGUGAAUUAAAAAAUUCAUUCUUUUGAAAAACUUUGGGCAUGAUCUAGCCAAAGUAAUUCACAUUGUAAGUCCAUUUGGCUUAAGUGGGAGAACUGAACACCUGCUUAAAUAACUUUCCACUUAAAUCAAUAAAACAUUUAGCUCAAUCCUAUGCAUUUAUAUUCAUAAAUAAGUCAUACUCAUUGACAUCCUGACUAACGAAGCACACAUACUUUGAGAAAGAGCAGAGAUGUGCUGGAAGCCCUCAUGCAACUCAUCAGUUCCCUGUGUGCGCGCUAUUGUGCAAGAGCCAUUAGAGUUUGGAGUGCUGAGGGCCAUAGAUGUGUUUCCAAUUUUGAAGUGCUUCCAGUGCAUAGGUGGCGUUUCAGACUCUAAUGGCUCUUGUACCACAGCGCAUGUGUUGGGGGAUGGGGAAGUCGCAUGAGUGCUUCCAGCAUGUUCUUGCAGUCCCUUUAAGCAUAAACACUUUGUUAGGAUGUCAGCCACUGAGUUCAACUGGAUUUAUUUCCAAAUAUGUUUGAACAGCAUUGAAGCCUUAAAAGUGCUUAACGUUGGCUGGAUUGUGCCUAUAGGUUUCACUAAUCACUGUAUUAUACCUGGUAUAAAAAUAUAAAAUAAUGUGUUGUAUCUAUAAUUAUACUUGUUUUGCAUAGUCACUGCUAGAAAUAGAAUUUCAGGUGUUUAUACAUUGGAUAAUAUAUGUGGGAGAUAUUUUUAAAAUAGUAUUUAUAUAGUAAAUAUAGAUGUUAAAGCAUUAGCUACUAUGUAGAAGACUGUUCUAAUGUAAUCAAUUCAGUAGGUUAUGAAAAGUGAGAUGAAGCAGACAUACCCAUAUGACUUACAAAUGAGGGGGUCAAAUGAUAAACCAAGUCUGAGAUGAC